AUGAAACUUGAGGACGAGAAAGAGGCUGGCAUGAGAAAACGCCUCGAGGAUCGUGAGAUGAGCCGAGAUGACUUUGAUGCGAUUGUUGCGAAGCUACCUCUCCUACCUGGCGAGAGCCGCGAACGUGGCACACUGCGCUACUGUGCCCCAGAAGUCGCACGGUAUGAGCGAAGUGGGCACUCAGCAGAUGUGUUCUCGCUCGGAUGUUGUUUCCUUGAGCUUCUAGUCGUUUUCGAGUCACCGCACGGGCUUGUUGAGCUGCAGAAGCUUCGGCCUGCGAACAAAGGCUCCUAUGAAGUUAAUCUGGACAAAUCAUACCAGUGGCUCAGCCUCAUCGGCCUUACAAAGAGUGGUCAUGAAGAUGGAGGCUUCGCUGAACAUGGACUAGACACCUUGCGUCUGACUAUCAAACAGAUGCUGUGCCCCGAUCGUACCAAACGAUUGACAGCAGUAGCUCUCCAGUUAUGGCUAAAGAGUCUUGAAUUUUACCAAGCCGGUAAAUCUCCUGGAAAGUCCUGCCCGGGUUGCGAUGAAUGGUGCAAAUAUGAUCCCAUUCAAACAUACCAACAACUCAAGAAUACGAAAUGCGAGAAACAGAGACUUCUACGGUUGUGCAUACAAAAAAACCCCAGCAUGCACUCGAUAGGCAGGUGUACUGCGACUCUUGUGACACCCGUGGACCUUGAACAACAUUCAACGUCACAAGGUAGCUCAGAUCGGAAGCUGCGAGAGAAGGAGCAGCCAGGCGCUCCGUCGCCUGCCGCCUUGCAACCUCAGUACCUGCCCUCAAAUUGCUCCUGCGAUACACCGCAACCACACACACGUGGUGCAGACUGCAGUGCGAAAGCAUAUGCAUGCUGCAUUAGCCCAACCAACGCCCCGAUCUUCCAUCAACCAGAAUCCAUUGAAGGGGACUCAAAAUUUCUUUCCUUGAACCAUGGUUCAUUGUGCGGAGUUUGGGUAACAAUAGCAGAGAAGGCCUGUCUUACAGCGCAGAAACCCGUCAUUCGACAACAAGUUCUGGAGAAACAUAACAAAAAUUGA